AUGUCGACUACACAGCACACACCUCCAAUGAACAAACCAUUGCAUAAACGAACACCGAGUCAAACGGAUAUUGCUGAGUUCAAGGAUUUGACGAAACGAGAUGCUUUGACGCGACUUCAAAAAACCGUCAACAAACUUGUUCUCACUGCUCAACCACAAUCGCAAAAGAACGUACGAGCAGAAAUGGAUGGAUUCGAGCAAUUGUUUAGUCGAUAUUUACUUGAUAAUGUUGACCAACCAUCAAUCGAUUGGCAAGAAAUUCAACCACCACCAGAAGGAACAGUCAUUUCGUACAAAAAACUACUGGAAGCCAACAUUGAUGAUGCCCGAGACUUACUAAAUAAACUAAUAGUUGUUAAACUCAACGGUGGUCUUGGUACAACUAUGGGUUGUCAAGGACCUAAAAGUGUCAUUUCCGUACGCAGUGGUUUAACAUUUCUGGAUUUGAAUAUCCAACAACUGGAACAAUUGAAUCGUACAUAUGGUUGUGAUGUACCAUUAGUUCUGAUGAAUUCGUUCAAUACACACGAAGAAACUGAAAAAGUGCUACAAAAAUAUAGUCAUGUAUCAGUUAAAAUCUACAACUUCAAUCAAUCUAAAUAUCCUCGACUCGAUCGCGAAACUUUAUUACCCGUCGCGACGAAUGUGGAAGGUUCGGAGAAUGAAUGCUGGUAUCCACCUGGUCAUGGUGAUAUCUAUCAAGCAUUUUACCAGUCUGGUUUAUUGGAUCAAUUCAUUGAACAAGGCAAAGAAUACAUGUUUUUAAGUAACAUUGACAAUCUUGGAGCUACAGUCGAUUUGUAUAUUCUCAAGCAUUUACUGACUGACCAAACAAAACAUGAAUUUAUUAUGGAAGUUACUGAUAAGACAAGAGCGGAUGUCAAGGGUGGUACUUUAAUUGAAUAUCAAAAUAAACUACGAUUACUAGAAAUCGCUCAAGUGCCAAAAGAAAACGUUGAUGAAUUCAAAAGUGUUAGUAAAUUUCGAAUUUUCAACACUAACAAUUUAUGGAUUAAUCUUCAAGCUAUCAAACGUGUCGUCGAAGAUAAAACUUUACAUAUGGAAAUCAUCGUUAACAAUAAAACGACAGAAAAAGGCGUCAAUGUUGUUCAACUAGAAACCGCUAGUGGUGCAGCUAUACAAAGUUUCGAAGGUGCCCAAGGUAUUAAUGUUCCACGUCGUCGUUUCCUUCCGGUUAAAACAACAUCGGAUCUUUUACUGGUCAUGUCAAAUCUGUUUACAUUGAAUCGUGGAAAUCUUGUCAUGAAUUCCCAACGAUCAUUUCCAUCUGUACCACUUGUUAAACUCGGAACAAGUUUUACUAAAGUCAAAGAUUUCCUUUCCCGAUUUCAAAGCAUACCUGAUUGUCUCGAACUAGACAGUCUUACUGUGUCCGGUGAUGUCACAUUUGGUAAAGGUGUUUCAUUACGUGGCACUGUUAUCAUCAUUGCCAAUCACGGUGACCGAAUUGAUGUUCCACCUGGUGCUAUUUUAGAGAAUAAGAUUGUUUCGGGCAAUUUACGUAUCCUCGAACAUUAA